AUGGAUCAGUACUUAAGUGCGUUAACAGAAAACCAGCAAAAGCUAGCAGAAGGACAGCAAUUGUUUAUGCAACAAAUGGUUGAGUCACAAAAGCAGAUGAUGAGUCUGCUAACAAAUAAAGUACAAGGUAAUUCCGCUUCUACAUCGUCGCAGUUGGGAACGGAUAGCAACUUGUCCGCCCCCCUUGUCAAAUCAUCCCAGUUUUCAAAUCUGGCUGAACGAUUGGGUAAGUUUAUCCACGAGCCGACUAAGGGCAAAACCUUUACGCUGUGGUACGAGCGGCAUGAAAGCACCUUUAUCGAUGGUGCGAAAGGCUUAACAGAAGAAGAUAGAAAGCAGUUACUCCUAAAUGCCCUCGGCGAUGAUGAGUAUCAACGAUUAUUGAAUCGUUUAUCACCUUCCAAGCCACACGAGUUAAGUUUCGUAGAUCUCGUCAAACAUUUAAAAAAACAAUUUCAUGACAAUAAGUCACUUUUUCAACGUCGGUUUGAAGCUUUAAAUUAUCGAGCAACACCGUCCGUGGCUGUAAUCGACAUUCUUGAUCAAAUUAGCAUCAUGGGGGAUGUCUUUGAAAUUAAUAAUUUCAAUAUAGAUCAACUCAAAAUUUUACUUGCAGCACUAGCGUUAAGUGAUCACGCUUAUCGGACAGAACGUACUCUUCUGUUUAAGAUUACAGCCGAAAAGGAAAACUGUACAUUCAAUGACAUCAAAGAAAUUUGCUAUGCUCAUGUGGAACGUACUGCCGAUGUGAGACAAGUCGAGGAUCAACAUUCUCCUGAAAUCAACGCUGUACAAAAAUAUUCUAAAUCCAAACCAAAGGAAAAGGAGAAGGAAUCGAAACGUUACAUAAAGCCUUCUACAAGUAAAUCGUCAUUUUCACAAUGUCGUGGAUACGGUCUCUCAACUCACAAGAGAGAUGACUGCCCUUUUAAAAAUUCAGACUGUAGGAUCUGCAAGAAGACUGGUCACAUAGCAAAAGUCUGUUGGUCAAAAGGUAAAAAGAAGGUCGAAAGUAUUCAUUUUAAAGGUGUUUCAGGAACCGGCCAACAACAUAGAAAAUAUGUGGAAAUCCUGCUGAACGACAGGCAAACUAAGAUGCAACUAGACACAGGCGCAGAUGUAACAGCGAUUGGAUCUAAGAUAUGGACAAAUAUAGGAUGUCCACCUUUGCAACCUUACAAAUCUACUUGCGUAAACGUCUCUGGACACAAGUUGAAUACGAAAGGAUAUUUCAACGCAACCUUAAGUUACAAAGGAAAGAUUACAAAAAGGCCUGUAAUUGUGUUAAAUCGCCUAAAUACAGCACUUAUAAGUGCACAGGUAAUCGAUGAACUCAAGUUGGUAGAAUAUGACCAAGGAGAUACAGGAAAUCAAUUGGCCAUCAACACGGUCAAAGAUACUUUUUUGUCGAAUAAAUUCCCAGAACUUUUUAGUGACAAAAUUGGGGAAUUUUCACUCGCACUGGAAGAACAGCUCAACGCCGAGAUCGAUCGGCUUAUUAGUAAUGAAAUUCUAACUCCAACUGACACAUCAGAGUGGGUAGCUCCGAUUGUUGUCGCAAAGAAACCAAAUGGAAAACUACGCAUUUGUGCUGAUUAUUCCACAGGAUUGAACGAAGCACUAGAAUCUGAGGAUUAUCCUAUUCCAAAUAUGGAGGAUAUCAUGGCAAAACAUCGAGGGAAUACAAGGUUCACUCAAUUGGAUCUCUCAGACGCGUAUUUCCAAAUGAAAUUGGAUGACGAAAGCAAACCUUUAACUACAAUCAACACGCAUCGAGGACUGUUUGUAUUCAAUCGGCUGGUUUUUGGUCUAAAACCAGCACCGGCAAUAUUCCAACGCACUCUGGAACAAGCUCUCGCAGAUAUACCAGGUAUCCUGAUUUAUCUGGAUGAUAUUCUCAUCGGUGGACGCGAUCGUCUAGAGCAUGACACACGUCUAAACGCUGUUUUGAAUAGACUUCAAGACUGGGGUUUCAGGUUAAGCUUGGGAAAAUGUAAGUUUCAUACGUCAUCAGUAAAGUAUCUAGGAUUUAUUAUUUCUUCCAGAGGAAUCGAGCCAGAUCCAGCGCGUAUUCAACCAAUACGUGAAAUGCGAGUUCCAAAUAAUUCAAAGGAAGUUAGAUCAUUCCUCGGACUAGUCAAUUAUUACGGAAAAUUUGUACCAAAUCUACAUCGCUUAAAGGCUCCGUUGGAAACAUUAUUAAAAAAAGAUACUCCGUUUAGAUGGACUUCAGCUUGCAAUCAAGCUUUUCACAAGGUAAAGGAAGUUUUAUUGAGUCCUCUUUUACUUGCACAUUAUGACCCUGCACAAACGCUAAUAGUCGCUGCGGAUGCAAGUCCGACAGGUAUCGGUGGUGUUCUAUUACAACGCUACCCAGAUGGCCAAGUAAAAGCUGUCUUUCACAUGUCUAAGGCUUUGACGAAGACUCAACAAGGUUACAGCCAAAUUGAAAAAGAAGCUUUGGCGCUUGUAACGGCGGUCGAACGAUUCAGAAAGUUUAUAUUUGGUCGAAAAUUUAUUCUUCAAACGGAUCACCGACCCCUAUUAACGCUAUUCCGUACUUCAAAAACGAAGGGUUUAGACACUCGUACUGCAAAUCGUUUGAAACGAUGGACUCUCCGCCUUAUUGAAUUGGAGGAAGUAGUAGCUUCCUUGCAACAGCUGGAAACGGAAAUUCAACAAAUAGUGGAAGAAUCAGCCCAGAGUCUACCUAAAACAACUCGGGAAGAGUUGCAGCGAGAAACAUACAAGGACGGAAUUCUAGCCGAAGUUAUCGAUCGUUUACAAGUCGGAUGGCAAAAAUCCGAUACGAAAGACAAGGAACUGCUUCCUUAUUAUCGUCGUCGUCAAUACUUAACCGUCGUAGAAAAAACUCUUGUGUCUGACGAUAAAAUUGUUAUUCCGCACAGUCUUCGGCAAGCUGUUCUACGACAACUGCACAUUGCACAUCCAGGUAUUCGUCGAAUGGUACAGUUGGCUCGACGUUAUUUUUAUUGGCCUGCGAUGCACGCUGACAUCGAGGAUUUUGUCAAGAAAUGCAAACAUUGUGCGGAAACCGCUCCAAAUCCUACAAAGGAACCACUUCAUCCAUGGCCGGAAUCAAAGUCACCGUGGGAACGUGUUCACAUGGACUUUGCAGGUCCAAUUCAUGGACAAUGGGUGCUUAUCACAGUCGAUAGCCACUCAAGAUUUACGGAUGCUGAAUGGUUUCCAACCAUUACAGCAACAGCUACGUGCAAAUAUCUGCGUCGUCUAUUUUCGAGAUAUGGCCCACCAAAGACUAUAGUUUCUGACAAUGGAACGCAGUUUACAGCAGAAGAAUUUGCGCAACUCUGUGAGGACUUCAAUAUUAUUCACUUACGCAGCCCUCCAAGACAUCCUCAGUCAAAUGAGUUAGCAGAACGUAUGGUAAAUACGCUGAAACGCUCUUUAGAUUUACAAGUUCCGUCGCAGAGAGAAACUAUAUUAAAUCAGUUUCUGUAUACGUAUAACUAUACACCGUGUGAAGUAGCUCCGGAUCACAAAUCUUCAGCAGAAGUAUUCUUUGGACGAAAAUUCCGUACGCCCUUGGAGAUCUUCAACCCGAAAAGCAAAUCAGAAGGGAAACUAUCUUAUCAGCAGAAGAGAAUAAAGAACCAGUUCGACACCCAUCAUGGGGCAAGAACUCGAAAAUUCAGCCCGGGACAAUUAGUGACGGUACAACUGGCAAACGGCCGUCGAGUCCCUGGAAAGAUAAUCGACUGCAUAGGAUCUACAAUAGCACGAGUCCGAAUAGGUAAGGAUAUCAUCAAACGGCAUUUCAACCAAAUCUGGAAGCGCGCCGUUUCCUCGGAUGAGAGGAACGAAACGGUAAACGAGGAGUUGUUACCGGCAGUACAAAAUCCGGUGAUAGAUCCCCCAUUGUCUCCCCUACCAUUCGAAGGGGCCAACAUCACCUACAAUAAGGAUGUUUCCGCCCAGGAACCAGCUAUACGGCGUUCAAGCCGACUCGCAGACAAAGAUCGCCCAGAUUACAAGAAACUAGGAGGAGUACGCCGCUACGGGAAACGUCCUUCUUAA